AUGAAUUUUAAGCAUUCUGUUGCAUUUGAAAGAAUACGCCCCACCAAAAUCCUUGCAGCAACAAAAUGGUUAAUACAGAAUAGUACUUUAUUCAAAGCAGAAGGUAUCGAAUUGAAUGAGUCUUGGGAUUGCCAAGAUGCUGAAUCAGAGGACGAAACUGAAAUAAAUUCUACAUCGACCACAAAUUCAGCAGAAGAGUCCAUCAUAGAAGCUUGGACAGAAGAAGGUAGUGUGGACGAAAGGCCAACGGGCAAUAUGGACACUCUAAUGCAAAGUAUUGACUUCCGAGAAUUUAAUCAGGUUUUGAGUGUUGCUCCAGGUGAAAACUUUAGCCCUCUGAGUAUAUUUCAAGAUAAAAAUGCAGAAUUUUUAGCAUUUCCUACCAUCUAUUGUGGUGAAGCAAGACCAGACAACACAUUAAGAACUGUUCCUUUGCAUUACAGUACUAUUUGCAAGUGGGAGUUGAAAAAUGUUGAUAGGAGAUGUGCACAAUGUGUUCCAAAUCUAUUUUACAAGUUGAAAAGAAUACAAAUUAAGCAAAUCCAGGACAAAGUAAUGCUUGCUAUGCGGAAGUGCAAACUACAGGGUAAGAAAUACACUGCAGCACAAAUACUUGACUCGCAAACUGCGGACUCCAUUGUUCGAUUGAAUGAAGGAUUUCAUGUUCUCCGGAAAUUACGAGGAUCACCCCCUUACUGGGAAAAAGCUAAAAGUGACAUUUUUGCCAUGAUCAGGCAACUGGGUUUACCUACUUGGUUCUGUUCAUUUUCUGCAGCGGAAACGAAAUGGACACCACUACUUAAAACACUUGGAGAGCUUAUAGAAAAUGUAACCUACACAGAAGAGGAAAUUAUGAACAUGAGCUGGGAACACAAAAGUAAACUAAUUAAGUCUGACCCAGUAACUUGUGCAAGAUAUUUUGACUUCAGGUUUAACAAAUUCUUUGCAGAGGUAUUGGGCCACAAAAUGAACCCUGUAGGUUUUAUUGAAGACUUCUUUUACAGGAUUGAGUUCCAGCAGCGAGGCUCUCCUCAUGUGCAUAUGCUUCUUUGGAUCAAAGAUGCCCCAUCUGUUCAAACUCACUCAUAUGAAGAAGUGUCUCAAUUCAUUGACAAGUAUGCAACUUGUGAAAAGCAUGGGGCAGAUGAUUUCCUGAUAAAUUACCAAACACAUCGUCAUGCUAGGACAUGUAUGAAAAAGAAUAAACCCAUAUGUAGAUUUCAUUUUCCCAUACCGCCAAUGCCUCAGACUGUUGUUCUUGCACCUCUGGAUGAAGAUGAUCAGAAUUUCUCAACAGCUUUUAUAUCUUACCAGAAAAUUGUAGAUUACCUUAAUUCAUCAAAGUUCAGAGAGUCUGAAAUUGAAAUGACAUUUCAAGAAUUUUUAUCAGAAUUGCAAAUCAAUGUGGAAUGCUACAUCAGGGCAGUGAGGUCAUCUUUGAAACAAGAAAAAAUUUUCCUGAAGCGAAAUCCAAAUGAAGUGAGAAUUAAUGCAUACAAUAGUGUUCUACUAAAGAGCUGGCAAGCAAAUAUGGACAUUCAGUUUAUUUUGGAUGCAUAUGCAUGUGCCACUUACAUUGUGUCCUACAUUUCUAAAGGUCAGAGAGGAAUGUCGAACUUGCUGCGGCAUGCUUGUGAAGAAGCAAGACAAAAUGACUCUGAUAUUCGCCAACAAGUGAGACGUAUAGGAAACAAGUUUCUCUCUCAUGUUGAGAUAGGUGCUCAAGAAGCAGUGUACCUGGUACUUCAAAUACCACUGAGGCAUUCAUCAAGGUCCGUGACUUUUAUUAAUACUGCUCCCAUAGAUGAGCGUGUUGUUUUGUUGAAACCUAGGCAUGUUUUAGAAGAACUGAAAGAAAGCAGUACAGAUAUUGAAGCUGGUAAUAUUAUAAAACUGUAUCAACAACGACCAAAAGUUCUUGAGGGAAUCUGCCUUGCUGAUUUUGUGUCCUGGUUUCAAGUUAAGUAUCACAAGGAAAACAUCAAACAGAACACUUCAGAAGAGUUGCCUGAAAAUGAGCCAGAAGAAGAAAUUUCAGAGGAUGCAAUUCCUGUCACGUCAAAUUCCUGUGAAUUUGCUCAGAGUUACAUGUUUAGGAACGCAAGAUACAAGUCAUGUGAAAAUCAAAUUCAGCAGAAACUUUCUGAAUAUCAACAAGGUGGAAAGGCUUUGAAUGAUAUGGAAAACAUGCUUCAUAAUGUAGAUGCAGAGGAUUUGUGUACAGAUUUUCUUGCUCCAGGAAAUGAACAUGAGGAAGAAAUACACAGAGAAGAAGGAUCAACUCUCUCAGAAAAAUGGGGUUGUUUUGAUCCUGGUAAACAUGCACCAGACUAUGACAUAGGCCUUGAACUUGGAAUUCAACAAAAACAACUUGAUGAGGAUAUUUCUCAAAUGGGUGAAAUGAAGGACAUUCCAUACAGGGAAAUGUUGAGAGACCUCAAUCAUCAGCAAAGGGAAUUCUUUUAUCAUAUACUACACUGGCUGAAAACUAAGAAAGAGCCUUUGUAUGCUUUUUUAUCUGGUGGAGCAGGAGUUGGAAAAAGUGUACUUACAAGAGCCCUUUAUCAAGCAUGGUUGAAAUAUUACUCUCACCAAGUUCAUGAAAAUCCAGACAAUUUGCAUGUUCUUCUCUGUGCACCAACUGGAAAGGCAGCCCAUAAUAUAAAUGGUUCUACAAUCCAUGCAGCAUUUUGUAUUCCAGUUGGUAGAGGAUUUGCUUACAAACCACUAGACAUGCAACAAUUAAAUACCUUGCGAACACGAUACAUGAGUUUAAAGGUCAUUUUUAUAGAUGAAAUUUCAAUGGUAGGUUAUGGCAUGUUUAAUUUCAUGAAUCUCAGACUGCAAGAAAUAAAAGGAUGCACAAUGCCUUUUGGUGGUGUAAAUAUUGUUGCAGUAGGUGAUCUGUUUCAGCUAAAACCUGUCAUGGAUGGUUGGAUUUUUUCUCUGCCUAAUACAGACUAUGGUCCAUUAGCAGCAAAUCUGUGGAGAGACAAUUUCAAGUUGUUUGAAUUAACCAUAAUAAUGCGCCAAAGGGAUGACAGGACAUUUGCUGAACUGCUGAACAGAUUGCGAGAAGGAAAUCAGACUGAACAAGACAUCAGUCUACUAUGUCAAUGUGUGAAAGAAGAGACUCCAGAAAUUACAAGUAUACCCCACUUGUUCACUACCAGAAAGGAAGUACAAUCUUACAAUAACAAGAUAUAUGAAAUGGCAGAUGAAUCACAGAAAGUAAGCAUUAAUGCUCUUGACUGGGUUAUUGGAACACCUGAUGACGCUGUGAAAUUAAAAGUGUUAACAAGAGUCCCUGAUGAUUGUGCAAAAACAAUGGGGCUAUCUUCCAUGUUGUUCUUGGUUAUUGGAGUUCCAGCUGAAAUAACCAAUAAUGUUAAUGUUCAAGAUGGAAUCACAAAUGGUGCGUCAUGCACUGUAAAACUCUUUGAUUAUCGUGUGGAAGGAUCAACAAGGUGUAGCAUCAUUUGGGUGCAAUUUGAUGAUGAAAACAUUGGAAAGGAGUUGCGCAAAGAAUAUACAAGGCUAUUCAAAAAUGAUAUUGAGAAAACUUGGACACCAAUUUUAGAAAUUACAAGGCAGUUUAAAAUUCAAAUGAAUGGAACAUAUCAUGUAAAACGAAGACAAUUUCCCUUAAGGUUGGGAUUGCCAAAACAAUUCACAAAGCCCAAGGCUCAACUAUGA